AUGGCUCCUAAAUCGCCAUCGAGAUACAUCUUCCUCGCCGCCUGCUGCUCGUUGGUCUGGUGGACUUUUCUCCGUCCCGCCGCCUACACCACCAGCGGCCUGCACGAGAUUGCGGGCGUCGCGCUGCCGCCGCUCGCCUUUUUGACAGCCACCACAUCGGAUCGCCAGAAGAAGCACGCGCAGCACUAUGCGUCGCGCGAAGCCCACGAGUACUGCGCUGCCCAUGGCUACUCCGUCUACGCGCCCCAGCGCGCCUCUAGCGAGCGCAAAAUAUACGACCUCAUCAUGGUGAACACCGAGCUCGACUUUCUCGAGAUCCGCCUCCACGCGCUGUACGACUACGUCGACUACUUUAUCAUUGUCGAGUCGCCAAAGACGUUUCAGGGCGACACGAAGCCGCUCGUCAUUUCCGAGAACUGGGAUAGGUUCCGCCGCUACCAUGAUAAGAUGAUUUACCAUGAGUUGACCUUUCUGAAAUCCUUCCAGCCGAAGCGCGCCUGGGACUACGAGGAUUUGCAGCGAGACGCCAUGUUUGAGCAGGCCAUGUACGGCUUGACAGGGCCACAGGCGCCCAUCAAGGGAGAUGUCAUCGUUGUUGCCGACGUUGAUGAGAUUCCCCGGCCCGAGUCGCUGGUCGUACUCCGCACAUGUAACUUCCCACGACGCCUCACGCUCGCCUCCAAAUUUUAUUACUAUUCGUUUCAGUUCCUGCAUAGAGGCCCUGAAUGGCAGCACCCGCAGGCGACAUUCUACCAAGGGUGGCGCACCAUCAAGCCGACCAACCUGCGUAACGGUGACGGCGGCCUUCCCUGGUUCCGCGACCAGGAAAAGGGCGUCCUAAAUAAUGCCGGAUGGCAUUGCAGCAGUUGCUUUGCCACAAUAGAGCAAUUUCUCAACAAGAUUGCCAGCUUCUCUCACGGCUGGAUGAAUGACGAAGAAUAUAGAGACAAGGCCAAGAUUGCAGACGCCAUACGAAACGGAAAAGACGUCUGGGAUAGAGACUUUGAUCAAUUCGACAAGAUUGACAAUAAUAAAGAUAUGCCGCCUCUCAUUCUUCAGGAGCCGGCUCGCUUUGGCUAUAUGACGAGUCGGGAUGGACCUUCGGCAGGGUUCACAGAUUACCCAUGA